AAAGAAAAUAAUGUGCGAUAUAGCAUGCAACUAAUCAAACUUUCCCAAUUUUCAUUAUGUAGGAUCCUUCAACAGUUGUAAACUUCACUCACAGCAAAAAAAUGGAUGAAAAUUCAGCAAAAUCAGAAGGAGAAGAAAAGGUUCAAGAAUCCUUCAACAUAACUCUAAGGCCUAUAGCACUACCAGAUGUGGAUGAUUUCAUGGUAUGGGCUACAGAUGAUAGGGUCACAAAGUUUUGCCUUUGGGAUACUUACACUUCAAAGGAGCAGGCGGUGGACUACAUCAAGAACCAAGCGAUCCCACAUCCAUGGCUGAGAGCAAUUUGCAUUGGAGAUCGUGUCAUUGGGACGAUCACUGUGGACCCGUGUUCCGGCUUUGGUAGCUGCAGAGCUGAGCUUGGUUAUGUGCUAGCUCACAAACACUGGGGCAAAGGGAUUGCCACAAGAGCAGUCAAAAUGGUGGUUUCUACUAUUUUCAAAGAUUGGCCUCAUUUGCAGAGGCUUCAAGCUGUGGUGCAUGUAGCGAAUAAAGGGUCACAAAGGGUGUUGGAGAAGGCUGGAUUUCAGAGGGAAGGUGUUCUGAGGAGUUAUGUGUUGUUUAAGGGGAAACCAAUAGAUGUGGUGAUGUUUAGUACUCUGGGCAAUCAUAGUUCUGUUGGUUGAUCUGAGUUCAUAGUUUGUACCUGUUUCAAUAUGCAAUGUUUGGUUUGUAAUGUUUAAGCAUGCAGUGUAAGUGUAUAAAGAUGAAUGUGCUA